AUGGCUACAAAACAGAAAACCGUGCCGACGUCAGCAACCUCAAAUAAACCAUCAUCCGCGCAUGGAGAUUCGUCUUCUUCGGACGAUGCAUCAGGCAAACAAAAGCAUAGACUUGUGUCAAAGACCAAAAUCGUGGCAGAAUACGAUAUCACUGGAAAUGCGGUGUGUAUAUGUCCUACAACAGACGGAGGGUUUUGGACGUGUAAUGAUAGCACUGGACUAGUAACACUACGAGACAAACAAGGCGAUACAGUAAGUGAGAUCAACCACGGUAACGGCAUACGGGAUAUUAGUGUAUCACCAAAAACACAGAAUCUAUGGGCAUGCUGUCUAAAGGAUAAAACCGUUAUGGAGUUGACGACAGAAGGAAAAUUUAAUGAGAAAUUCAGGACCGAAGAUCAGCCAUGGUGUGUUUGUGCAACAGCUGAUGGCCAUGUUCUUGUUGGAAUGGUAAAAAAAAUCACAAAAUGUACGACAGAGGGAAAAGUAGUUCUUGCCUCGAAGAGAAUCAGGUUGCCUGGGAGGAGACAGCUCAUUUGUCUUCCGUCGAAGAUUGCAGAGUGUAGCACUUCACACAACGUAGCCAUGGUCGAACAGGACCAACCCAUAGACGGAGGAAAAGACGAACCGCACAUCCUGGUCAUGAAUAAGGAUUUUCAGGAGCUGUUUCGUUUCCAAGGAUCUGUUCCAAAACGUUUUUCCCAAGCUGCAAAGAAAAAGAUAGAAUCAGGCUCAUUUUUCCCAUUCGAUGUGGCAUUUGAUGCAAUAGGUAACGUUGUUGUGUCUGAUUACAAUAAUUGCAGUAUAUACCUGCUGAAUAAUCGUGGCGAGUUCCUCAACCUAUUGUGCUCAAAUUCGAAAGUGGUAAGGGCCAUUUCUGUGGAUUAUGACAAUAUACUGUGGGCAGUGUUUGGUUCGUUUGGCUCUCAAACGGUAAAGCGUUUGAAAUAUAGUACGUAG